AUGACUUUCACCAUUCUGACUCCGCUUCGAACUGUCCAUCCGCGAGAUUUUCGAACUGGUAUGAUCUUCAACCGUCAACAUGCUACUCUUGGUCGGAGCGAUGCGAACCGAUUCAAACAGGACAAGAUACAACACGCGUGGGAUGGAUAUUCCAAACAUUGUUUCGGCCACGACACAUUACAUCCUGUAAGCAACACCUGCGAGUACGACUUUGGUGGUUAUGGCGCCACAGCCAUCGAUUCUUUACCGACCGCAAUCAUAUUUGGCAAUGAGAACGUGACCAUCCAAAUCCUCGAGUUCGUUGCUGCACUGGACUUCAAGGUAGUCAAAGGGGGUAGCCGUAUCCAAGUCUUCGAAGUCACUAUUCGGCAUUUCGCUGCCAUGAUUUCGGCCUGGGACUUGCUCAACGAUCCGUUCUCUCACAUGGCCAAAGACUCAGGUCUACGGCACGCGCUGUACAACCGAAUGACCACAUUAGGUGAUGCACUCAGCUGUGCUUUCGACAGUCCGAGUGGCGUCCCUCGUGAAUGGGUCGAUCCAGCGUUAUGUCAGUCAGAUAAGGGGACUCAGAAUACCAUAGCUGGUGUUGGGACUAUGAUACUUGAGUUCGCAAGAUUGUCAGAUAUCACCGGCAAUCAGACCUAUGCGAAUUUGGCGCGAGCGGCCGAAGAUCAUUUGCUGAAGCCACACCCAGCAUCUGGCGAGCCGUAUCCGGGCCUUCUCGGUUCCUUUAUCAGUGUAGAAACUGGAGAGAUCAUAGGCUCCCAGGGUAGCUGGGGUGCACUUGCAGAUUCAUACCUAUAUAACAGCGAUCUCUACGAGUUCUAUCUGGAGCGAUGGCUGGUCGCAGCAGACUCGACAAUACGCUCAAUCGGAUCACACCCUUAUGGACAUCCGGAGUGGACAUUGUUGCCAUCCUGGAACGGAGAAAAUCUGCAGAACUCGAUGGAGUCACUAUCCUGGUUCGCUGGUGGAGAUUUCAUUCUUGGAGGAAUGGUCACAGACAACCAGACUCUCGUGGACUACGGCCGUUCGAUCGCCAAUGCGGCAGGCGCAAUUUACAAUCCAACCAAGACUGGGUUGGGAGGAGAAUUUGUGACUUGGGAUACCAUCUGCGAGGCCAGUGGGAGUAAUCCUUGCGAUCCGCACGACUCCAUCCAAAUCUCUGAUGGGAGAUUUCGUCUGCGACCUGAGGUUCUGGAGACGUGGUACUAUGCCUAUCGAGCUACACAAGAUGAGAAGUAUAGAGACUGGUUAUGGGCUGCCUUUGAGGCCAUCAACCGCUAUUGCCGAACAGAGACCGGGUUCAGCUCAAUAAUUAACGUGAAUGCUCCAGAAGGGGGCAGUAAGGGUGAUGUCCAAGAGAGUUUUGUGUUUGCCGAGGUGAUGAAAUAUGUAUAUCUCGCACAUUUGGGGGAUGCUCCAUACCACGUUCAGGACAGCCGGACUGGUAUCAAGAAUACAUGGGUCUUCAACACAGAAGCACACCCGUUACGUGUUGCAGGUCCGCCACGAUAG